CGACCAACUCGUACCCACAUCCAUUGUUGUGAUGCCGGUGGACUUUAGCAUGGCAUAUUUCCAACGCGCCUCCACUCACGUGGGCCGCCAGACUCUUGUUCCUCUCGCCGUGACUGCUGGAGCGGUGCUCAGCAUUCUAGUCAUAUCCAGGGGCAUAUCCUCUGCGAGGUCGAAGAACGUUAUUCUCUCGCCAAAGGACACAGUAUUUCCUAAGCUGUCUGAAGAAGAGAUAGCUGCUGUUCCAUACCCACCUGAUGCCAUUCCCGGGGGCCGAGACGUGGACACUCCCUAUGGAAGCAUCAGGGUCUACGAAUGGGGCCCUGAGGACGGGAAGAAGGUCGUCAUGCUUCACGGUAUCAGCACUCCGAGCAUUGCUUUGGCAGCCUUGGCCCAUCAUCUCGUAGAGAAGGGAUGUCGAGUGUUGUUAAUGGACUUCUUUGGCCGCGGCUACUCCUCCUCUCCAACCGCUCUCCCGCACGACUACCGCCUCUACACCAGCCAGCUCCUGCUCGCUCUCGCCAGCUGCCGCACGCCGUGGACCUCCUUCUCCCUGCUCGGCUACUCCUUCGGCGGCGCCAUCGCCGCCAACUUCACCGCCCACUUCCCGCACCUCGUCGCCAACCUCAUCCUCAUCGCCCCUGGCGGCCUCCUCCGCAAGUCCCACAUCAGCUGGAAGACCUCCCUCCUGUACGCGCAAACCAGCCUGCUCCCCGCGCCCCUUGUCGAACACCUGGUGGCGCGGCGACUCUGGUCCGGCGAGGGCGCCGCGCGCAGCAUCGAGCCGGAACCCAGCGCCGCGAGCGAGGGCAAGGCCGCCGAGAAGAAAGUCAAGUUCAAGCGCGACUCGGACGCCGGGUCGGUGCGCAGCGGCAUCUCCAGCCCCAGCCUGUACGAGAGCUCCACGUCGCCGCUGCUGCUGAACCACCCGGCGUCGACCGUGUCCAAGGUCGUGGAUUGGCAGAUCAAGCACCACCGCGCGUUCGUGCCCGCGUUCAUCUCGAGCAUCCAGAACACGCCCGUGCAUGGGCAGCAGGAGACGUGGGCACGGAUCGGGGCGCGGCUGGAGGCGCAGAAUGCGCAUCCGCGGGAUGCCGAGGCGCAGAAGUUGGGCAUGGAGAGCGGGAAGGUGUUGAUUUUGCUGGGGGCUAGGGAUGAGAUUGUGGUGGCGGAGGAGGUUGGGGAGGAUGCGCAGAAGGUGCUUGGGGAGGCGAAUGUGGUGGUUAGGGUGUUGGAUGCCGGGCAUGAGGUACCGAUUGAGCUGGUCGGGGAGUGUGCCGAGGUUAUUAGGAGGUAUUUGGGGCUGAAGAAGAAGGGGGGGAAGGAGGGGAAGGAGGCUAAGAGACAGAAAGCGUAGGAUGAAAGUGUGAAAGCUGUGUACAUCGGAUGGCAUCAGGACUAGCUUAGAUUUCUGCGUAGUUUUAGCGUGUAGAUGAAGUAACAAUAGGAGCGAUUCUUACCUAGAGAGU